CGAGAAGCCUCUGUUCAUCUCUAUAAAACGCCAUUCUUCUUCACCAAAUCACCAAACGAAUUCUUCAAUAGCAUCUGCAGAUAAUCAAAUUCUCCGUAAAUCAAGCUCCGAUCACUACCAAAUUUCCGCACAGAGCAGACAAAAUGUCUCUAAUUCCGAGUUUCUUCGGCAACCGCCGCAGCAACGUCUUCGAUCCAUUUUCCUUGGAUGUUUGGGAUCCAUUCGAAGGAUUUCCUUUCAAUUCCGUCGCAAACGCUCCUUCCUCCGACGCAACCGCCAUCGCCAACGCUCGGAUCGACUGGAAGGAGACGCCGGAGGCUCAUGUGUUCAAGGUCGACGUUCCUGGAUUGAAGAGGGAGGAGGUGAAGGUGGAGGUGGAGGACGGAACGAUUUUGCAGAUUAGCGGCCAGAGAAACAAAGAGCAGGAGGAGAAGAACGAUAAGUGGCACCGUGUUGAGAGAAGCAGCGGCAAGUUCCUCCGCCGCUUCAGGCUGCCGGAAAAUGCGAAACUGGAGCAGGUGAAGGCGGCGAUGGAGAACGGAGUUCUGACGGUGACGGUGCCGAAGGAGGAAGUGAAGAAGACGGAGGUAAAGGCUGUCGAUAUCUCAGGUUAAAUCCUGGCCGUCCAUUUUCCAUCUGCUGAAUGAGUGGUUGAGAUUAUUUGGUGCAUCAGUAAUUUUAAAAUAUGAAUUUAUGACUAUGUGAAUUUUUAUGUUAUUUUUAUUGAAUAUAAUUGUAUUGUAUGAGAAUUGAUCAGUUUCAUGGUGUAUAAUUAUAUGUUAUAUAAUAAUAAAAUAAAUUUUCAAUAA